GCGGGGCCGGGCCGGGCACCGGGCUCGCCCCACGCCGGGGUGCUGCCCCUCAGCCGCUCCGGGCUUUAACUUUCGGGAGUUUAUCUCGGUGCUGAGCCGCUGGUGGGAGAAAACCUCACUGUUUUUAGAGAAGCAGUCGAGAACCCACCCCGAGGCAGAUUUAGGUUUCCCCUUGCUAACCAGGUUUCCCUCAGCUGGCAGCCAGACCCCAGCAGGGGGUUAAUCCCCUGCCGGAGGGCUCGGCUGCCUUAUAAACCCGGCUGUGGCCACGGUUUUGCAGCCGAUGGCCUUGGAAAUCCUCCUAACAGCCAAGAGGAGACAAAGAUUUACUGGACUUAUCUACACUCACAGAGAGAAAAAGAUUUCCAUCUACGAUGAUGACAGAUUUUACAGGAGAGCAUACGGAUCCAGUAAGAUACUCGGGACUACUUCCAACUGACAAUGCAUGUACUUCAAAGGCAGCCUUGAAACUCAGCAGAGUUUCAAGAUAAUGUCUAGGACACAGCACGAUAGAAGAGCUGUUAAAAUGAACAAUGAAGCAGUGGUUACAAAUACAGCACGAACUCAGCCUGAGGAAACUAAUAGAGGGUUCGGAGUAUCAAGAGGAUCUGAAGUAUGACUUCAAUAUAAAAGGGGAACUGAGGCAUCUGGAUACAAAUGAGUCCUUUGUUUUCAAUUAUUACAAGAGCAGAUUUGAGCAGAAUCAUAAACGCUAUGAAGUUCUGGGACAUUUUAUUACCCAGUAUGUUUAUGAGCUCCUGGAGAGGGUCUGCAUGCUACAGAAGGUUUAUAUUCCUACUGAUGCUACAGAGGAUGAACCAAGAAGUUUCUUUUUCAUGAGCAAGAAUGCACUAACAAGUUCCUCUAGCCUCAUUAUACUUCUUCAAGACCGUGGAGUUUUCUGUGCUGGACAGUGGGGGCAAAAGACAAUUGUCAGGGAUGGCCUGAGACACGGAACACAAAUACCAUUCAUCAAAAUGGCCCUUCAAAGCCACUGGGAAGUGAUUGUACUGAAUCCCAAUGACAACUUUGUGGAUCUGAGAAGUGAAAAGCAUCACUUUUCUACCAGGGAAGAAGCAGUUACUUUUACACAGUCUGUCUGGUGGAUCCCCAAGAGGGGCAGCAGCAGCCCUGAGGAGCACACCAUGUAUGUGUGGGAUCAUUUCAUUUCAAAGAGCGCAGCCAAGAAUGUGGCCUUCAUUGCCCAUGGCUACGGUGGCUUGGUGUUCGUUGAUCUGCUGGUGCAGAGAAGAUGUGAGGUGAUGAAUAAAGUGUUCUCCGUGGCCUUCAUUGACUCUGUGCACAACACACAGCACCAGACCAGGAACAAUCCACAGAUACAGGAAUGGAUACUGAAAUGCUGCCGCGAGUGGGUGUCAAACAGUAAACCUCUAAAUAAGACUGUGGACUUUCUCUUGAGAACAAAUUGUCCCACUGUCUCUGCUGGAACGGAAAAGUGUGGUUUAGCACCCUCCUGCUGUCUCCAUGCCAUCUUUAAGUACCUGAAGAGCUCCCUGAAAGCUAAAACUGUAACAGCUUUUAGGCAUUCACCUAUUGCAACCAGAAGCAGCACAAAGAAGAGAGCCAAUAAAUAAAGGCACACUGGUUUGUUCUUGAUAGUAGUCUCUUCCUUUCAUAACUGCCUCUACACCUUUCAAUCACCUAAGAACCUUCAUUUCACUGUGGAGCAACUUAGAGUUUUAAGUUUGAAGCUAAUUUGUUUGGUUUUGAUUAAAAAAACACUAAAGUUAACUAUUAGGAAAGAAAUGCAUUAUUGAAAGCCUUAAGCCACAACCCUUUGGCUAGCUGUGAAAUUUAAAGUUGAACACAAUAAAGAUGUUAAGGCAUAUCAACUCAAGUAUAUAAUCUUUAAAAAUAAACACUCUACAGUUAUGGCUCUAUAAUCAGACUAAGCUAGCAGUAAAACACUUGCUUAAGUGCCUAGCUUCAU